AUGAGUUCAAAGACAUCUACCGUAUUCUCAAAGCCGACCGAGUCCUCUUCAUCAACCAAACGCCACCGCAAGGCCGCGGUUGCGUGCAUCGCCUGCAAGGUCCGCAAAAUCAGAUGUUCAGGAAGUGCCCCUUGUGAGACGUGUGUCUCACUCGACACCAAAUGUAUCAUUGACGAAACUCUCGACGGCAGAAGAAAAGUCGCGUUAAAUCGUAGACUUGAGGAACUCUUCCACUACAAAUGGAUCUUGGAAGCUCUUUUAUUAUGCCUCCGGAGCUGUCGCGGGAAGCACCUGGUGGCCAUUCUGGAGUUACUGUCGAACGGAUCUCCUAUGCCACUCUUGGCUGCCGCACUCUGCUCACUAUUAGGGCAAUGUCGGCUCCCAGCAGAAAACAGUAAAGAAAUUGCAGAACUCCAACAGAACCUGACCAACUACGUUCAAGAAAAUGAGUCGGUGAUAUCUAGCAUGUCAGAGCAUGAUCCAAACGACCUUACUCCCGAGGACUAUAGACCACAUAUUGGCGACGAGAUGACGCCACCCAUGAAACCUCCAAGGUCUGCAACCGCCAUGGAACCAGAUACCAGCUCUCCAAACCCCUACUUACCCAUCCGUGGUUCACCCAAUUUCCUCUUCAGAAGGCCCAGCAACUUUCUUGGGGAGUCAACUAGGUUUCCAGGCAGCCUUGGCGCUGAUAUCGCCUCAGUUGCGGAGGAUGUUGGAUUGAACGUUAUCAUCGACUGUAUGAAGGGGGCUUGUAUAGAAUUGCCAUCGCACGAUCUGUUCAAUGGCUACCUCGCACACUGUAAUAGCUUUGUGUUCGUCUCAUUUGAUUUAAUGGGCUAA